AUGAUAGAGAAAAAUGGUGAUUCAAUUCCGCACGUCUUGAGUGUAGCCGGUUCCGAUUCCGGUGCUGGUGCAGGAAUCCAAGCCGAUCUCAAGGCUUGUGCCGCGCGCGGAGUGUACUGUUCUACUGUCAUAACUGCUGUUACUGCACAAAACACCCUUGGAGUUCAGGGCGUACAUGACGUUCCUGAGGAUUUUGUCGCUCAGCAGUUGAAGUCUGUGCUUUCAGAUAUGCAAGUUGAUGUGGUUAAAACAGGAGUGCUACCUUCUAUUAGAGUAGUCAAGGUUCUUCUUCAGAGUCUUGCUGAGUUUCCAGUUCGAGCAGCUUUGGUGGUUGAUCCUGUCAUGGUUUCUACAAGUGGAGACGUGCUCGCUGGUUCUUCCAUUCUUUCCAGCUUUCGAGAGGAGCUCUUUCCUAUGGCUGAUAUUGUAACCCCAAAUAUAAAAGAGGCAUCUGCUCUACUUGGUGGCAUACACCUUGAAACAGUUGCUGACAUGUGCAAUGCAGCUAAACUAUUGCAUGCUCUGGGUCCACGGAAAGUUCUCAAGGUUGAAAGAUUAAGGGUUAUUCUACAGGUUAUAGGUGAAGCUUGGGAUGUGUUUCAAAAUGUACUUGUCAAAGGUGGUGACCUUCCUGAUUCUUUGGAUGCUGUUGAUAUCUUCUUUAAUGGUGAACGCUUCUAUGAGCUGCGCUUGUCUCGCAUAAAAACUCGCAAUACUCAUGGUACUGGCUGCACUUUGGCUUCGUGUAUUGCAGCUGAACUGGCAAAAGGUUCUCCAAUGCUCACAUCUGUUAAGGUAGCUAAGCGCUAUGUUGAGACAGCCUUGGAAUAUAGCAAAGAGAUUUUGAUUGGAAAUGGGUCUCAACGCCCCUUCGACCACUCACUAAGGCUUAAGAGUGGUUUUCACAGAAAAGAAGUAUUCAAUCCAAGUGACUUAUUUUUGUAUGCGGUUACAGAUUCUGGGAUGAAUAAAAAGUGGGGACGGUCUAUGGUAGAUGCUGUUGGAGCAGCCAUACAAGGAGGUGCUACCAUUGUUCAAUUGAGGGAGAAGGAUGCUGAAACGCAGGAUUUUUUGGAAACAGCAAAAGCAUGUCUUGCAGUCUGUCGUUCCUAUGGAGUCCCACUAUUGAUAAAUGACCGCAUUGAUGUAGCCCUUGCAAGUGAUGCUGAUGGGGUACAUGUUGGCCAGUCUGACAUGCCUGCUUCUGCGGCUCGCACCCUUCUGGGCCCCGAGAAAAUAAUAGGUGUAUCAUGCAAGACAAUAGAGCAAGCUCAGCAAGCGUGGAUUAGCGGUGCAGACUACAUCGGUUCUGGUGGAGUGUAUUCAACUAACACAAAGGCGAACAAUCCCACUAUCGGUUUGGAUGGGCUAAAAACGGUUUGUUUGGCUUCUAAGCUACCUGUGGUUGCAAUUGGUGGGAUUAAUGCUUCAAAUGCAGGCUCUGUUAUGAAAAUGGAGGUACCAAAUCUGAAAGGCGUUGCGGUUGUUUCAGCUCUAUUUGACAGGGAAAAUGUUUUGACAGAGACAAAGAAGUUGCAUGAUUUAUUAAUGGAGCAUCAUCAUCGAAAAUCAAAUGAAAUCCAUGCACGGCAACUUUCUGGAAAGUGA